AUGUCUACCUGUAAUAGUGGUACAUGUACCUGUAUUGCCAACUAUUAUGAUGGUGGUGACACCUGUGUAGCAAAGGUUGUAGCCAAUGGUAAUUGUGCUGGUUUACCUACUGAUGCAUGUCGGGAAAACUCUGUCUGUACCAAUAAUAAGUGUACCUGUAACACUGGUUACUAUGACAAUGAUGGCAGUGGAAGUUCUGGUGUCUGUGUGCAAAGAAUCAAGGCUGGAGAGACAGGUUGUACUGGUGUUAUACCCAAUGAGUGUACAGACAUGUCUACCUGUAAUAGUGGUACAUGUACCUGUAUUGCCAACUAUUAUGAUGGUGGUGACACCUGUGUAGCAAAGGUUGUAGCCAAUGGUAAUUGUGCUGGUUUACCUACUGAUGCAUGUCGGGAAAACUCUGUCUGUACCAAUAAUAAGUGUACCUGUAACACUGGUUACUAUGACAAUGAUGGCAGUGGAAGUUCUGGUGUCUGUGUGCAAAGAAUCAAGGCUGGAGAGACAGGUUGUACUGGUGUUAUACCCAAUGAGUGUACAGACAUGUCUACCUGUAAUAGUGGUACAUGUACCUGUAUUGCCAACUAUUAUGAUGGUGGUGACACCUGUGUAGCAAAGGUUGUAGCCAAUGGUAAUUGUGCUGGUUUACCUACUGAUGCAUGUCGGGAAAACUCUGUCUGUACCAAUAAUAAGUGUACCUGUAACACUGGUUACUAUGACAAUGAUGGCAGUGGAAGUUCUGGUGUCUGUGUGCAAAGAAUCAAGGCUGGAGAGACAGGUUGUACUGGUGUUAUACCCAAUGAGUGUACAGACAUGUCUACCUGUAAUAGUGGUACAUGUACCUGUAUUGCCAACUAUUAUGAUGGUGGUGACACCUGUGUAGCAAAGGUUGUAGCCAAUGGUAAUUGUGCUGGUUUACCUACUGAUGCAUGUCGGGAAAACUCUGUCUGUACCAAUAAUAAGUGUACCUGUAACACUGGUUACUAUGACAAUGAUGGCAGUGGAAGUUCUGGUGUCUGUGUGCAAAGAUUGCUUGCUUUGAAUUGCUCUAAAUGGUGGUGUCCUGAAGGUUGA